AGAAAAUAAUGAAGCAGAAGUCAGAUAGUAGACUUCCACUUUCUGAGGGUGAUGACCCUCUUCCUCCUCCUUCACCACCAUCUCGGCACGACAAGUGGAAGUUAGCCCGUAUGAGACCAUCGGGCUCCUACACUUCCGAGUCUGCCAGAGAAAUAUCUGAAAGAAUUGACUCCUUGGUUGAGCAGAGCUCCCAAGGUCAAUUCACACAAGAAGGUCGUCAAGAUAUUCUUGCCACAGCUAUUGGACGACCUGAGCACCCAGGACGGGUGCGUGCUGCUGGGACUGGCAUAGGCAUACGACAUUUUUUUGGGUCUUCCUCGCGUCCAUAUUUAUAUGAAAAGAUGAAGGACGAAAUAAGAAAAGAGAUGACGCAGGAGAUCACAAAGAAGGUUCGAGCAGAGUUAUAUGAUGAAGUUGCUGAAAUGGUUGCGCGCCAGUUCCAGCAGCAUUAUGAGGAUUAUGGCAAUCGUCCUCCACCAUCUCCUGUAGCGGAACAUGUUGUGCCCCCUACAGGUAGAAGCGGUAAAGGAAGUUGCUCAGCUGCCGGUGCCCCAGGGGACGACUUGGAUGACACUCGUCCAUGUGAGUUAUAUAUUCUAUCUGAUACUGGGACCAUGCUAGUGGCUCGUGGUACAGUGUAUGAGACAGUCACUGUAGUGCAUGGGGUACAGCUUGCAGAAGAUGAGGUCAAGGUCACGGUCGAUGAAGUUGUCAUAGCGGAUGCCGUUCUUCCUGUGCCUACAGAUGAGUUCUUCACUGUGGAAGAAGCAUUAAGGUCCUUUGUCGCCUGGCCUAGACAUUUGCAGAUAGGUCAAGAUGGAAGUCCUAGACCGAAGAAGACUCAUUUAUCUGAGGAUGACCCUCUUCCUACUUGUGAUCUCCGUACCGGAGAACACGGCUGUUUGGUUUUGUUCAUUGCAUAA